AUGUCGGAAAACUCGUUGACAGCGCUCUGGGAAGAUGCCGUCAGCGAAUUCGAGAAAAAUAUCGGUCACGCUCUGAUCACGUCUGAUCUGCAAUACAUGCCUGUAAACUUUCAAGACGCAGACGGACGAAGCCUUCAAGCAUUCCUCGCAGCUCUUCAAGUCAAUCAAGAUCAAUUCACGGCUCAUCGAAAUGAAAAGCGCAAAGUUGUAUCAGCCUUUCGCAAAUGCAUACUUCCACUGCACUUCCUUAUGGAUGUUGCAGAUCGAGGUCUUCAAGCGACACCCGUGGGCCCAGUCAGCGUACUUUUCUUUGCAGUCAAACACAUCUUGAGUACGUGUGAAAGAGUCAGCAGAGCAUAUGAUGCUGUUGAAGAGCUGUUUCAACGAGUGGCCGCCGUUACAUGUUGCCUUGAUGGCUACAAGGACAGCUCUUUGAUCGGUUCCCACCAGACGGUUGUCAUUGAGGUGCUAUCGUGUCUCCUGAAAAUUGUCGGAGCCGCACAAUCAAGACUAGUCAAGCUGUCAAGGUCACGCCAAUUUGCAAGAUCUCUGUUUCAGAACGAUGAAAGCAUAAGUGAAGGACUUGCGGAACUCGAGAAACGGGUGCAAGAUGAGCUGGGCUAUGUCGUGCGCUUGAACUUUGGGAUGACGCAGCGAAUGAGCGAGACGGCAGUCAGCAUCCAUGAAGAAGUCCUUCAGAUCAGGCAGGAAAUGCUGAGAUCUAGAGCAGAGAGCGAUACUUCGGAGGUCAAGCCGGAUCUCGUUGAAAAGCUCCGAAAUGAGUCCUGGGAAGAGUUGCGAAAUCACCACCGAAAGAGUGUCAAUGCUGUUGCCGACACAACGGGAAUGUGGAUCCAGAGUGACUCUAUGUUUGCAACUUGGGAGAAUGGCAAUGGUUCACUGCUCUGGAUUUUCGGUCGUCCAGGAGUUGGCAAAACCAUUCUUGCUGCUGCAACGGUGGAGGCUCUCAAGAACAAAUACUCAAGGAACGUCGAGAAUCGUCCUAUCAGACCUACGGGUUACAUCUAUUUCAGGGAGGGUCAGCCUAAGCUCCAGAACUUGAGCCACAUGCUGGUGGCCGUUGCACUCCAAAUUGCCAAGCAAGAUCAGCGAUUUCAUAAGCAUCUGGUUGAGGCUAUCCGGACCUAUCCUGACAUCCUCGGAAAGACCGCAUCGGCGGAAUCUUUGUGGGACCGCCUGUUUCUGUCAUACGAUCCCCCCCUGGAAGAUCACGAAGAGACGGGUGGCCUGCUUUACAUAAUCAUGGAUGGUCUUGAUGAGGCUAGUGAUGAAGCAAAGCAUGCCUUGUUGACUUGCUUGAGAAGAUUGCUUGCCUCUCGGCCCAACCACGAAAGAAUAUCAAUCCAGGUGGCCGUCUUUGCCCGACCAGAGGUUCGGAAUCUCCUCGACAAUACGGACUCUGCCUUUCAAGGAAACGAAAAGAUCAUUGACAUCACAGAGGAUCAGACGAAACACGACAUUCGCGUAUAUGUGAAACAUCAAACCAAGCAUAUCGCUGCCGUUAGGAUUAUCAGGAAGAUGGAACCCGAACAAAGUCACUUAUUCGAGGCCUUCAUCGAAAACAGCAUCGUGACACGAUCUCAAGGCAUGUUUUUAUGGGCCAAAUUAGUCAUUGACCAGAUUCGUGACAGCCCUUCGGCCGAAUCUGUUGAAGAGGCUCUCAAUGACGCUCCGCUAGGCUUAAUGGACAUGAUACAUAUGGUUUUCCUCAGAUUGAACCACGAAGAUGAAGUCAGAACACAAUACUUGAUGCACAUGCUCGCCUGGGUGCUUUGUUGCCGUCGUCCUCUCACCAUCGCCGAGCUUCAUGUCUGCCUUUUAGAAACGGCUGGUCAGCGUUUCAUCACAAUCUCCGACGAUUUGACAGAAAGGUACUCCAGCCUUUUCGACGUUAUACAGCAAUUAGGCAGUGACGAUACAUCACGAACAAUUAAGUCAACUCCUACUUCAAACAAGGAAGAAUCCGACGACGAUCUGGACUCUACUGGAACUGACGAUGAUGAACCAGCGACCGGCUACACGCCAUCAAGACCUUCGUUGAAGCAUUUUAGCUGGAAGAGAGUCAGCGUCCAUGCGAACAACGGAAUAUUUGACGAUUGGCACCACAAAACUGUCACUUUUGUACAUACAAGAAUUCGUGACUAUCUCGUACAAGAAGGCAACGCAUUGACCAAGAAGUGGAAUGAUUGUCGGGUGGUUCCAGGCCAGCUUGACCAUUUCAGGAUGCAAAUGGUCAAGACCCUGCUUGACCUUGCCAUGAAGCCCAUUGCACAAAAGUACGGCGUUCAUCUCCUCAAACAAUAUGCGGCAGAUAAUUGCGUCUCUCAUCUGCUGGAGAUCAAUCUUAUCGCAAUGCCGGAGGACCUUUGUGCACAAGUUGGUGCCAGGCUAGCCUCUCUAUGUUUUGAUGGCAAAUUGUUCUACCAUUUACAGGAUGGUAAGUGGCAGACUACUAUCGAUACGUGGUUAUUGGACAGGAAGAAAACCGAUACUGUCCGCCUCUUAAUCGGAAAGGGAAUCCACUGUCUCAGCACCGAGCAGCCUGAAAUCCAUCCGUGGGCAGUGCAGGCGAUUCAGUCCGCCAGAAUUGUCUUAAAGCCCUUGAUCAAAGAAUGUGCCCGCCUGUGGCUGGGGAAACGAGCAUGGGAUGACCCGGAUUGGUUCAAUAAGUGCGAAGGAGAGACGUGGGUAUUACUGGCAUAUGAAUUCUUGACUCCCGAAGGAAACAACGCUGGCCCUCUCAGCAUACUCAAAGGAACACGGAGAGUCGGACGAAUCACUCUGGAGCUGAUCGAGCGGAUCGCCAAGAGUCAAGAUUUGGAAGAAGAUGAAUACUGGUACACCGGGAUUGCCUGGACCAUGAUGCAAGGAGAAGAUGUUCGACACAGCCGGAAAGCCAUCGAAUAUUUCCAAAAGGCAAUCACCCUAUCGGAAGCCCGGUCACAAGAGCUAUAUGGCAUCAAGAGACCACUGGCAUGGGUUGCGUACGAAGGCCUAAGUCGGUGCUACGGCGACAACCUUGGACAGCCACUACCAGCUCUAGAAGCGAUGCAGAAAGCCAUCGAAGGCCUGCCACCACUAUGCUUGAAGUUCGGUGUUGAUUUCUAUUUCAAAGCCCGGGCGGCGUAUUGGCGACUUCAAACGGGUGGAGACCCUAAGGAUGCCAGUCGUGCUGCCAGAGAUGCAUAUGAACGAUGUCAAAUGUACACCUUUGGCACAAACCUCCCAUCGGACCACGUCAUCAUGGAUAGCCUCAAGCUCUACAUUGAAAUCCAUCAUUGGACGAAGGAUUAUGACUCCAUAUCGGCAGUGUUGCGUGACCUCGCCACUCGGCAGACACUCGUGCCCGGCUGUUCGCUGCUCAGCUGUUUCUUGAGACACAAGUUCACGGACCAAGAGUUCAAGAGACUAACCGGUAUCAUCGCCAUGACCUUAUACCACAAAAGUGAUCCCGAUCUAGAGAACCUGUUACAAGACAGCUUCAAGCGUAUUGCUUAUGUCGACACGGCAAGCAUGCCCAGGUGGAAUGAUCUACGACUGGCAACACGAUCGGCAAAUUUCUUGCUUCGGCACUUCAAAGAUGUUACUGGCGCUACGAAGAUCUACACCAGUAUUCUCACGGUAAUCGACUCGAACGACGAGUCUUACCUUCAGCGUAUGAGACCGAUCCGACGUCAAGCAGCCGCUUUCAUCAGCUUUUGUCAUUUCACCAAGGCGGUGGAGGCAAAGCUCUCGAAACAGUCACGGUAUUCGCAAGCCGCUGAGCGACUGAGAAGUCUUGCACUGCUAGACAAACGCCAGUAUCGCGCCUCAUACUCGGCGCUUCUGUAUGGAGUUUGGCUUCGAGACUAUCGACAAAAGUGUCCAAAAUUGUGGAGACCACUCAUUGAGCCAUCUAUCAAAGAGGCUAUACAAAAACUACACGAUGAUGAUCCCUGGAACGAUGAUGAUGCCUACACUCAGCUUGGAGAGGCGCUGAUGAUGGGCAACGAUCUCGAAAACGCUGCAGUCGCUUUUGGAAUUGCCAUGAUGGAUACCAAUGAGCUUGUGACACAGUCUGAAGUAUCUGGCGCGGGAAGCGACUCCGAUCAGGCCGCGGCAGAGAGCACUGACGAAGUGGCUUCCCGCAAGUGUGCGAGCUCCAGCCAGAUCCGACGCUGUGAUGGAAUCUGCGAUCCGACCAAGGAUGACUUCGCAGAACUUUGGUGCUGCUGCCUGUGUGAGAAGACGUGGUUUUGUGGAGAUUGCCUGCUUUCGCUCAAGAAACAGGACAGCGACGCAGAUCGGUACGUGAUAUGUUCGCCAGAGCAUAAGCACCUGCGAGCAUAUCCUUUGCCUGAACGAGCCAAAGAGAUCGUGAAAGCUCUCCAACUGAACGAUUUUGACAAGCAUCAGCAGUGGCUACGGGAAGUGCAGGCAGCCUGGAAUGUAGAUUAG